AUGGCAACUCAAGCACCUUCGGCAGAGCCUUUGCCUCUAGCAUAUAACCCCAGAUAUGUCGAUAUUGGCAUCAAUCUCGCAGAUCGUGUUUACCGCGGCAGCUAUCGCGGCAAGCAGAAGCACCCCGACGACCUUCAAGCCGUGGUAGACAGAGCAAAGCAAGUAGGAUGCACGAAACUACUGGUGACUGGCUCGGACUGGCACAGCAUCAAAGAUGCAGCCGACCUCGCACAGGAGUAUCCUGGAACCGUCUACUAUACUGCCGGUAUUCAUCCUUGCAGCAGUAGCAUAUUCGGCGUUGGUGACUCAACUGCCCACGACGAAGAGCACACGCCCCCCUGUGACCCAGACCCGUCAGCGCGCAUCCCUGAAUGCGCAGUUGACCUUCAAAAGUCGACCGACAACAUUUCACAACUGAAAAAGAUCUUGACGGAUGCUCAGGCGUCGGGCGCCGGCCACCUGAUUGCCUUUGGCGAGUUUGGUCUCGACUACGAUCGGCUUCACUUUUGCAACAAGACGGUGCAGCUGCACAGCUUCGCCGAGCAGCUCAAGCUCGCCGCGUCCAUGCAGCUCCAGCUGCCGCUCUUUCUGCACUCGCGCGCGGCGGCCGCCGACUUUGCGCGGCUGAUGAAGGACGCCUUUGGCCCGCGGCUGGAGAGGCUGCAGCGCGGCGGCGUCGUGCACAGCUUCACCGGCUCCCUGGAGGAGAUGCGCGAGCUGCUCGACCUCGGCCUCUACGUCGGCGUCAACGGAUGCAGCUUCAAGACGGAAGAGAACUGCGCCGUCAUCAAGGAGCUGCCGCUGGACCGCAUCAUGCUCGAGACGGACGGGCCCUGGUGCGAAGUGCGUCCGAGCCACGCCGGCUGGAAGUACCUCAUCGAAAAGCUCACAGAGCCAGAGCAUGCCGUGUCCGAGACGACGACAACGACGACGACGACGCCUGAGUUGAAUGAUGUCGCUGGGGCGCCGAAUGGCUUUGACAAGAAGCACAAGCCCCAGAAGCAGCCAAAUCACGGCAAGAAAAAGAACCAAAAGACGGAGCCGGACGUGCCAUCGCGUUUCAAAGCAACCAAGACCUGGCAGGAGGGAUGCAUGAUCAAGGGUCGCAAUGAGCCCUGCACAAUAGAGCGCAUCGCCAAGAUUGUGGCGGGCAUCCAGGGCGUUUCCGUGGAGGAGGUCUGCGAGGCGGCGUGGAGAAACACGAACAAGGUAUUUGACCUCGGCGAGAGCGCAUAG